AUGUCCUCCCCAAACAACCCAAACGAAACAACCUACAUCUCCAUGUCCCCCGCCGCCCUCGCAGCCCGCGGCACCGACGCCUCCCUCGUCGGCGCCCACUGCCAAUACCCCCCCUGCAACCAACUCGACUUCCUCCCCUUCAAAUGCCAAUCCUGCUCCCAAACCUACUGCUCCGACCACCGCACUGAAGACGGCCACGACUGCUCCCAAAAAGGCGCCUGGGCCACCAGGCGACGCCUAGCCGAACAAUCCAAAGCCUCCCUCGGCGGCCACAAACCCGUUCGCGACCGCGAUGUCCUAUACGCGAAACCCUGCGCAGAAGGGACAUGCAAAACAACAAUCGGGACAAGUCUCGUUCCCGGUGUUCACUGCAACGCCUGCCGAAGGGACUACUGCCUUAAACACCGCCUAGAAGAAGACCACGACUGCAAGUCCAAACCCCCCGUCGGUGCGAGAGCGAGUGCCCUAGCAGCUCAACAAGCGGCGAUAACAACCAAGGCGACGUCUGCGUUGGAACGAUUAAAGUUGUGGGGCGCUUCCAAAAAAGAACAAUACAAAGACUCCCGCGCCGCAAAGGCGGCCGGACCAUCUGGGCUCAACGCAAAGGGACAGACGAAACUCGUGGCGGUAAACACCCUCAAGAAGACCGCAAAGGGGGACGCAAAGAUCCCGCCAGAGAAGAGGGUCUAUCUCUAUGUCGAGGCGGAGAAUGAGACUGCCAAAGCCAAGAUUCCAAAGGGGGAGUUCUUCUUCAGUCAGGACUGGGUCGUGGGGCGGAUGCUCGACUCGGCGGCGGCGAGUCUGCAGGUGCAGAAUAUUAAUAACAGGUCGGAUAAGGAGGAGGAUAAGCUGAGGGUGUUCCAUGUGGAAGGGGGGAGGAUACUGGAUUUUGGGGAGAAGUUGGGGGCCGCGUUGGUCAGUGGGAAUACGGUUGUUUUGUUGAGAGGGGUGGGGGCGCCCGAGGAUUUGAUAAAGGUCUGA